AUGCACCGCUUAGUGAGCCUGGCGGCGACUCGCCCAAUUCGAUUGGUGUCGACUUCUGCUUCUACCUCUGCUACAACUCCCACUUCUGCUCCCAAAUCCAAGUCCCGCUGGCUGGGCUUCCUCUUCGUCGGCGCCACCGCAACAGCUGCAGGCAUCUACGUCCGCCAAAGCAAUGACUCCGCAACGCUGAACCAAGAGACCUUCACCAAGUAUAGCCUGGUAUCUCGCGAACCCGUCUCGACCACAAGUAGCCUGUUCACAUUGCGCCCGCGCAAAUUCAGCGAAUUCAACUACGAUGUCUACGAAGAUGCCUGGGCAACGGGCGUCUGGAGCGUGAUGUUCAAGCAACCCCAAUUACAGAUCGGACGCGAUUAUACCCCAUUACCCACGACAGCCGCAACAGGGCUCAGCGUCGAAGACGAAAACGAGGGCUGCCUGCGCUUCUUCAUCCGGAAGGAUCCAUUCGGCGAGGUUUCGCGCUAUCUGCACACCAUUGAAGUUGGUGCGGAUGUUGAGCUGCGAGGCCCGAAGAUCGAGUGUGCCAUUCCGAAGGAGACUGACGAGGUUCUGUUCAUUGCGGGCGGGACGGGGAUUGCGCCUGCGCUACAAGCCGGAUAUUCACUGCUGAGUCGGGAUGGAAGGAGAAAGAUUCACAUUCUGUGGGCCAAUCGGUUAAAAGAUGACUGUGCCGGUGGCCAGAGUGAUUCAUUAAAACUGUCCGCGAAGCAGGGAUGGUUCUCUAGCUGGUUUGGCAGCAAGAGCGAGACACCGCAGAUUGUGUCUGUCAGAGAUGAAGAUCGGUCUCUCAUUGUCCGGGAGCUGGAGGCGUUGAAGUCGCAAUAUCCUGGGCAGGUUACCGUGGAUUACUUCUUGGAUGAAGAUAAUACGUUUAUUGGCAAAGAGGCCGUUCGGGCUUCAAUCGACUCGUCCAGUGACAGCAAGAGCAAGCUGAUUCUGGUCUCAGGCCCUGAAGGCUUCAUCAGCUACAUGGCUGGGCCUAAGCUCUGGGCACAAGGCCAGGAGCUCCAGGGUCCUUUGAACGGGAUUAUCAGAGAGCUUGACCUCAAAGAUUGGGGAGUAUGGAAGCUCUAG